AUGUCCGCCCAAAACUCCGGCCGUCAGUCCCCUCCUCCUGAAACCCAGUCCGGCGCCCAGCAGCAAGAUCCCCCUUCGGCGGGCAAGACCCAGCCCGAGCUUCGUGGCGACCCGCAGCAUUCGCAGCGUGAGUCGAAUGAGACCAAGGAGUCGAAGCUGGAGAGUAACCCCAAGCAUCCGCUUGAGGAUAUUGAGGCGGCCAAGUACUCGAAGGUACAUUGA